CAUCCUCGAUGCGCCAAAACACCAAACAAGCUUAGGUGACGCUCCUCUGUCAAGUCUAUCCGCCGAAUUCAUAGGGUCUCUUGGAACCACUAUUAGUAGCUUCCCCACCCAUCGUUCAGCGAGCACCGAAGCUCAGCCACGCCGAAAGCCGCGCCAUCCCAUGUCACCCGCCGAAUCGCGAACUCGACAAAGUUAACCACCUUCUCACAUCACCUAACCGGUCUCCUCGGAGCAAUGACUUUCACCCCUGACGCCCGAUGAGUUUGAGUCAACCCCGGGAGGAGGGUGGCUCCGCGGACGUCAUGGCCGACGAACCAGAGCUGCCCCGAGCAGACGAUCAGGGUUCGAGCUCGAGCGACGAAGAGACAGUCAAGGGCGACCGAGACGAGGAUCACAUUGCCGACAUUCUUGAAGAGGAGCAGGAGGCCAGCGUCGAGUCCUCUGAACGUCCUACCGGCCCCAGUUCCAUCGCACAUCGCUACCGAGAACUACUCGAGGUAGAGCACGAAACGCCGUCAGACGAUGGGUCAACCGACGCCAUACCCCGGCGUGCCGCGAGUCCCAUGGGCUCCAUGCUCUCCGUUCCCGAUGAUUCGCCCUCUAUACAGGGUUCCGUGAUCUCCUCUCCCGGCAGCAGCCUGCUCCCUUCUCUCGCCUCCCGCGGUAUGGCCAGUCCGACGCCUUCCUUCCGGCCCUUCGACCAAAGAUUCCAGUCCCGUAUCGCCUCGCCAUACCUCUCCUCUCCAAGGCCCUCGUCCCCCGCGUUCCCAUCCACCCACAGCCGGAAUGUGUCGCUGAGCAGCCAGUUGUUGCUGGACCCAGGGGAUACCGAAACCCCGUCACCACCGUGGGAGGUUGUGCGCUGGACAAAGCUGAAGAAGCUCAAUGGACAAGUGUUUUCCGAGGCAGGCAGGAGGAACUUUGGGACUCCAACGUGUCUUGCAGUCUCAGCCACCAUAGUAUUGGGCACUUCGAAAGGCAUUAUCUUGGUGUUCGACUACAAUCAAAACAUCAAGAUGAUCAUAGGUCCGGGGACUAAAGCCGUUGAAUCCGGUCCCAUAACCGCCAUCGCAGUCUCCGCCGAUCAUACCACCAUCGCCGGUGGGCAUGCGAACGGCAACAUAUUCACAUGGGACACCUCGCGAGCCGCUGCCAGGCCAUUCCUCAGUAUCCCACACUUGGACCCAGUGCACCAGGCCAGCAAAUCAGCCGAUGGCCAUGUGCCGAAUGUCAAAGUUACCCACUUGGGAUUCCUCGGCACCCGACACACGGCUCUGGUGUCCGCAGAUGACCGGGGAAUGGCCUUCUCCCAUCUCGCAACCAGAGGCACCGGAGCGCUCGGCAGAACCGUCAAAACCACGCGGAUAUUGGGCCGGUACCCGGACGCCAAACCCCCACCCGGGAAAACGCUAAAGCCAAGCACCGUCCUGGCAUUUUCAUCGUUGCCUCUCGGAAACGUUGAGAUGGCUACGGAUGGCUUGGGGUUGACCGCAAUGCUCACCCCCUACUUGCUCGUUAUCGUAUCGACUACCCCUAUUGCUCAGACCCAACACAAAUCUGCUCGGCCAAAGGAAGUUGCUGCCCACAGCGCCAUGACAGGAUGUCUGGCCUGGUUCCCCGGUGUCAAAUUAAAAGUGGCAGAUCCCGUCACAGGAAGCCAAAUCUCUAAAGUCAAGCUGGUGUACUGUUGGUCCAAUGUUCUCACCGUCCUGGAUGUUGACGAGAUCCAAUCAGAGGACAAGGACAAGCCACCAAGUUUGAGAUUCCGGGCACGGAGCCGGUGGAAGUGCGAGGAAGCUAUCGUCGCAGUGCAAUGGUUGAGCCGGUCAGUUCUGACCGUGUUGACCAUUUCUCAACGGCUCAUUGUCCUCGAAGACCGAAGUAUGCGCAUGACGGAGGCCUUUGACCUCAUUCACAAGCAUAUCUAUCACGUCGACCUAUUCUCCAAGCAGCUCAACACCUUGGUGGAGCAGCUCGACGAGGAAGACCCCUCGAUGCACGGUGUUGUUGCCGAUGCAUUCUAUAUGAGCUUCAGGACCUACAAAGGGCGGCUCUUCCUCCUUGGGCUGAACGACAUAUCAAUAGGGGCAUUAUCCAACUGGGCUGAUCGCCUCAUCGCGCUCAUGGAAAAUGGCGAUUAUGUCGGUGCUAUCACGCUUGCAACGUCAUACUACACGGGAGACGCCAACAAACUCACGGUCGGACUACCAGAAGACACCAAAUCGAGGCAUUCCAUGGUUCAGGACAGGCUAAUGGAGAUUAUGAGAGCCUCACUAAAAUACGCCUUUGGCCAGAGGCAAAGGAACAGGGAACCGACGGAUGACCACCAUUUCCAAGAACUAUCUGAAACUUGCUUUGUGGCUUGCCUAAGUGUGGGGGACAUCGAUUUCCUUUUCGACGAGAUGUACGAAUGGUACGAAGAGGCCGGUGUCGAGGGGAUUUUCUUCGAGGCUCUGGAGCCUUACAUCCUCGACGGGUCCAUCACCGCGGUCCCACCGGUGGUUGUGAAGGCAUUGAUCACUCAUUUCGUCACCAAGGGCUGGGAGAGUCGGCUGGAGGAACUGAUUUGCCACAUGAACACCGCCACCCUCGACCUGGACCAGAUCACGCUACUCUGCAAGCAACACGGUCUAUACGAUGCGUUGCUGUACGUUUGGAACCAAGCUCUGAACGACUUCGUCACGCCACUGUUUGACCUGCUCUCCUUGUUGGUACCCCUGAUGCAGAACGGGCAGUCGUCGGGCAACCAGAUGGACGCUGAAAUAUACGCGGUGAACGCCUUGAAGAUCUUCCCUUAUCUUUCCUACGUCCUCACCGGACGGGUUUACCCAACAGGCGAGCCCCUUCCGGAGAAUAUCGCGCAACAGGCAAAAGCCGAGCUCUACUGGCUGCUUUUCUCGGGAAAGAGCAUCACAUGGCCGAAGGGCACCCAAAAGCGGCUUCUGACAAGACCGAAUCAGUCCGAGGAGCCCUCAUUCCCCUACCUUCGGCUGGUGUUGAACUUUGACGCCGCAAGCUUCCUAAGCGCCCUCAACGAAGCCUUUGAGGAUUCGUUUCUCAAUGACUCACCAGAGAAGUCGAACGGCAGCGCCGGUCGUGAUCUACCCGAAGAGCAGAUCUUUGGUCUGACGGUAAACCGACAGUACAUCGUCUCGAUCUUAAUGGAGAUCAUGAACUCAACCGAUUUUACGCCCAACGAAACCAUCUACCUGGACAUGUUUAUCGCCAGGAACCUGCCGAAAUACCCACAAUAUCUCUUAUUCCCUGGCUCGACGUUGACCAAGGUCCUAGUCGGACUUUGCAAAUACCCGGGACAGGACCUGGCUGAGGAUGCUCAACUCAGCGCAGAGUAUCUGAUGUCAGUGUACCAGCCACCAGAUGUCGCUGAACUCAUACCGCUUUUCAAAGAAGCUGGGUUUUACCGCAUUUUGAAACGCAUCUACAGAGGGGACAAACAGUAUGGAAAGCUCAUUCAUACGUACUUUGAAGACCCAGAAGACCAAGAAGACGUCUUCAACUGCAUUGAUCUCUAUCUGCGGCCACAAGCAGGUCUCACGCAGCGCCAGGUUGAGGACAUCCACCAAGUCAUCAAGCAGCAUUCUGCGCAAUUGGUGGAUCUCGAUCCCAAUAUGACAGCCACAACCAUCGCGAAGCACGCCCCUGAGCUGCACCAACACGUCUUGGACUCGGCGGUUCAACAACCAGGGUUACAGUACGCCUACCUAAGGACAAUUCUAGAGCCGGAAAAGGAGACCACCCUUGGCCGCUCGACAGACAGGGACCUAGUGGAGCAGUACCUUCGCCUAAUGUGCCAGUUCCAUCCAGAACACGUCUCGGACUAUGUCGGUUUGGUCCAGUCCUCGAACCUGAGGCUGGAACAGCUGCUCCCAACGAUGGAGGAGACGGGCGUGAUUGAUGCGGCGGUCAUCCUCAUGGCAAAAGACGGCCAGAUUCAAGAAGCCAUGGGCCGCCUGGUCAAACACCUCGAGACGCUCGAGUCGGCACUGCAGGGUCUUCUUGCUGGGUCCCUGGACGAUUCCCGUGACGUGCAAUCAUCCGCCGAGGAUCUGGUGCAGGGCUUGCGGAAGUUCGUUUUGGUGGGCAUCUGGCUGUGUCAGGGACAGAGCAAAACGGUGCGAGCCGUGAAUUCUGGCUGGCGAGGGCAGAAACCGCCACCCGAUGAAAUACUCUCCGCCGAUGAGAACCUCUGGCUCGACCUGAUCGACGCGGCAGUCCAAAUCACCAGGCGGUUAUCGUCAACACUGCAAACCGCCCCGCCCCACGAUGCCCUCCCUUCUACCAACGGUGGCGCCGACCAUCAAACCCCGCUCGACACCAACAAACUCCUUACCCUCCUCCGCGCCCUCGUCCAAACCACUUUCACCGCCCUCCUAAACUCGACCUCCACCCCCUCCACCCCCUCCACCACGACGACAACCACCACAGCCAGAACAACAACCACAACGCCAACAACCGCCCCAACCACGACCGGCCUCGGCACGAACCUGGCCUUCCUGCGGAUCCUCCGGGCCUUCCUCACGCGCGCGGCGGCCGCGUCGCCCAGCCUGGCGGACCUGCGCGCGGUGCUGGCGUCGGUGUUCUCGGCGUACGCGUACGAGGAGUCGAUCCUGCGGCUCUCCAACCGGCUGCUCGACCGCUCGCUCUUCGUCAGCGUCGCCCGCGCCGUCGAGCUGCGCCAGCGCGGCUGGCGGCCCCGGGGGUCCACCUGCGAGGCCUGCGCCCGCCGCGUCUGGGGGCCCGGGGUGCAGGGCGGGCGGGUGGUGUAUGAGGCGUGGGAGGCGACGGAGGAGGAGAGGAGGAGGGUGAGGAAGAGGAGGGGUGGUGGUGGUGGUGGUGGUGGGAAGGGGGGGGUUGGUGGGGAGGAGGAUGAGAUGUAUGUUGGGAAGGGGAAGGGGAAGGGGAAGGACUUGAGUCCGAGGUUGAGGCAGGGUGAUGAGGAAGGGGAGGGUGGAAGUGGAGGAGACGAGGAAGGGAAACGAGACCCGCGAGAAGGGGGGACGGAGGGGGCCGUUAGUGCCACCAAGAAGGACCAGUCACCGGCGCUGGGGCCGUUGGUCUUGCUCGCGUGCAGGCAUAUUUAUCAUCAGAGCUGUCUGGAAGCGUUGCUGGCAAAGGAUGGGCCCGGAAAGGAGACGGAGUACCGGUGUCCUAUUGAUGGGUAGGGCAGAUGCCCGGGUUGGGUGGUUUGGUUGUAUGUAGCGUGAACGGAUAUGAUAAUUAUGCAGUGAAACUCUUUACACGUU